CCGCCAUGGCGCCGCCCGUGGGGUACGCGCUGCUGUGCGGGCAGGCCGCGCUCCUGCUCGGGAACCUGCUGCUGCUGCACGGCCGCGGCCUCCCGGGCAACGAAACCGAGCCCCGGGAGCUGCCGCCGGGGCCGCCCGCCGCCGCCUGGGCUUACAGCGAUCCGCGGGCGCCGCUCGUCCUAUGCACCUACCUCCCCGAUGAGUUCGUGGAGUGCGAGGACCCGGUGGACCACGCCGGGAACGCCACGGCACAGCAGGAGCUGGGUCACGGCUGCGUGAAGGUGAGGGCGGGGCGGGGGCGGCCCCAGCGCCGGCGCCCCCCGGCCCCGCCGAGCGCUGAGCGCUGCCCCCGCCGCAGUUCGGCGGCCAGGCCCACGGAGAGGUGGAUCACACGCGCGUGCAGUGCCGAGCGCUGGACGGCAUCGAGUGCGCCGAGCCGCGGAGCUUCCUGCGGGGCAGCCGGCCCUGCGUCAAGUAGGAGAGUCCCUGUCCCCCCGCGCAGCCACCGCACCGAACCCCCGGGAGCAGGGCUGCUCCGGCGGGGAAGGCUGAUACGCUCUGACCCAGCCGCAUCUUCUCUCGCAGGUACACGGGACACUACUUCAUCACCACUCUGCUCUACUCCUUCUUCCUGGGCUGCUUCGGAGUGGAUCGGUUCUGCCUGGGCCACACCGGCACGGCCGUGGGGAAGCUGCUGACCCUGGGGGGCCUGGGCAUCUGGUGGUUUGUGGAUCUGAUUCUGCUGAUCACCGGUGGGCUGAUGCCCAGUGAUGGCAGCAACUGGUGCACCGUGUACUGAGGAGGGGCAGGACUGGCCCCAGCUGCAGCCCCUGGAUGCCUCUGGUCACUGCCAGCUCUGGACCAGGCUCUGCCUGGCACAACCUGGACUCACAGAACUGGAACUCAGGGUGCACAGCAGUUAUUCUUGAGAACGACUCUUUACCAACCUUGGACACAAAGGUGUUAAGUAUAUAUUUUGCUUGUUUAAAAUAAUCUGGCUUCCCACUGCAAAUAGCGACAGCUUAAGAAAUCAGAGCUUGCAAACACAGAGGGUCAAACAAACAAUAAAAUCUGGAAGAAGCUGA